AUGCUUGCAUUCAUCAAAAACUUCCUCACUCGACGAACCUUCCAGGUGCUCAUCGGCGGCACUGCAUCCAACGAGUAUCCUGAAGAAACCGGCGUCCCCCAAGGGUCGGUCCUAGCGGUUACGUUAUUCCUCAUCGCUAUGGACGGGGUCUUCAACUUCCUGCCUGCAAAUGUCUACGUAUUUGUAUACGCAGACGACAUCCUGUUGGUUGUUGUUGGAAGUACACCCGGAAGAACCAGGAUCAGGUCCCAAGCAGCAGUUACCACCAUUCUUCGGUGGGCUUCUUCCGUCGGUUUUGUACUCAACGCCAGGAAAUGUGUCCGGGGACACGUGUGCAGCGGGCGGCACCAGCUAGCGGGGCCUUCCAUUAAACUCGGCACGGAGGCCAUCCCCAACCGGAAGAUCGUCCGUGUACUUGGAGUUGACAUCGACCGGAAACUCUCCUUUUUACCGCACUUCCGAGCGGUAAAGGAAGCCUGCAAACCCCGCGUUAACCUCAUCAAAACCCUCUCCAAAAAGCACCGCACCAACAACAGGAGCACGAGGCUUAACGUCGGGCAAGCCAUCAUUGACAGCCGCCUGCUCUAUGGCCUAGAGCUCACCUGCCCUUGCUACCGGAAUCUUAUCAGCACCCUUGCACCCGUUUUUAACAACUACGUCCGGACAGCCUCCGGUUUACUCCCAUCCACCCCCGCGGAAGCUGCAUGUGUUGAUGCCGGCAUCCUUCCUUUUCGGCACCGUAUUCAGAUGGCCAUUUGCCGUAAAGCCGCUUCCUUCGCGGCCGCCACGUCAGGCGAAGUCAGGAUCCCUCUCCUCGUUGAGGCUGACCGCAUCCUGAGAAGUGUAGCCGGUACUAGCCUCCCCCCAGUGGCGCGGGUUCACUGGCAUGGAGCGAAGGGCUGGUUGAUGCCUCCAGUAAACAUCGAUCGCACCAUCGCUUCUCGGUUUAAGAGGGGCGACAACACAGAGGAACUCCGACGGUCUGUAUUAGAACUGAUUUCAACACGGUUCUGGAACAGCGAGAUCCGUUACAUCGACGGUUCCGUAUCCAGCCGAGGAGUCGGUUUCGGAGUCAAUGGACCCAAUCUGACCAUGUCGGAAAGUCUGCCACGGCCAUGCAACAUUUUUUCCGCUGAAGCUGUCGCCGUCUUCAUUGCGGCUACUUACCCAGCGGACAAACCGAUUGUGGUCCUUACGGACUCUGCGAGCGUGGUUUCUGCCCUUCAAAGCGAAACUCCCAAGCAUCCCUGGAUCCAGGGAACACUAGCUGGAAUGAUUCCCGGCACCACCUUUGCCUGGAUCCCCGGACAUUGUGGCAUUAGGGGGAAUACUGAGGCCGACGCCCUGGCGAGCAUCGGUCACGAAGGUCCACAAUAUACCUGUUCCGUCCCACUGGCCGACGUCAAGAAAUGGACCAAGAGCGUCGUCGGCCAGGACUGGGCUCGGAUAUGGAACGACAACACGGGGCUCUUUCUCAGAAAAAUCAAGGGAAACACCAUCUCCUGGAAAGACCCAGCAACCCAGAAAGAGCAGCAGGUUAUCUCGAGGCUCCGGACCGGUCACACAAGGGUCUCCCACAAUUUUGGUGGUGGGGCCCUUUCCGGUCCCGUUGUGAUCUCUGCGACACCGAAAAUAGCGUGGAGCACUUCAUCUGUCGGUGUCCCAAAUAUGACUACCCCCGAAGUCUAUACGGCAUACCGGGGAGUAUCAGGGACGCACUGGCGGAUGAUGAAGCUGCCAUGGCGGCCAUCUUCUGCUUCCUGA